AUGAGCACAAAGACGGAAUCAGAGUCUGCAAUACCUCCCGUGGAGAACCCACGGGAAUGGACGGCCCGCAAGAAGACUAGAGUCACCCUGAUUCUUGGCUCGAUGGUGUUGUCUUACACCUACCUGUCGACAUCCUUCGCCUUGUCAGCCAAUUCGCUGCAGCGACAAUUCAACGCCAGCGCCGAGGUCGUCACUCUUGGUCUGUCGCUCUACGUCCUGGGCUUCGCCCUCGGACCACUGCUCAUGGGCCCGCUCGCUCAGACGAAUGGUAAACGGCCCGUCUACGUCGUCUCGUGGAUCAUUUUCACAGCCUGCUGCUUCGUCGUCUCGGAAUCGAACAACCUUGGCAGCAUUCUCGCUUUCCGACUCCUCAGCAGUAUAGCGGGCGCAUCGGCACUCAACAAUGUACCAGCAUCGUACAGCGACAUGGCGACUCCAGUGACUUAUCCGCCCUUCUUCACAUGCUACGGCUUUUCAGCAUUCGCAGGUCCAGCACUGGGAGGUCUCAUCGGCGCCUUCGUCAACGAGCGAGCAGGAUGGCGAUGGAACUUGAGGCAUCAAGCGAUUCUCGUCGGCGUCGUCACUGUGAUCAGCGUCCUUUUCGCGCCCGAGACGGACCAUCCACGACUCAAGCGGUUGCACGAUGCCAAGUAUGGAGUGCGAGAUCCAAGCUUACCCGUCAGCGAAAAGGUCAAGGGAUCGCUGGCAUCUCAGUUGUCCCACAAGUCGAGGUCCUUUGGCAAUGCAGUGGUGCGAUCGAUCAAGCUGCCCUUCCAAUGGCUGCUGACCGACCGCGUGGUGCUGGUAGUCUCCAUCUACACGUCGCUGCUGUACGCCAUCAUCUACGACUUCUUCGUCAUCAUCCCGUUAGCCUUCGUCACCAUCCGAGGCUUCCAGGCCGAAUCGAUAGGGUUGAUCUACAUUACGCUAUUCAUCGGAUUCGCAAUGGCGUCGGCGAACUAUCUGUUCAUUCAAGGGGCCAUCAAUCGACGGCUUCGGGCCAAGAGAGGCGAAGUGAUGCUGCCACCCGAGACAUCGCUCAUCCAUUCGAUAUACGGAUGCUCACUUGCGCCGGUAGGGCUGUUCUUAUUCGCUUGGACCGUGCCGUUUACGAACAUUCACUGGAUCGUACCGGCAAUCGGCAUCGUCUUGCUAUGUGCUGGAUCGAUGUCGGCGUUCACGUCGCUCAUUCCCUAUCUUGUAGCGUACGGCGGUCCUUCGGCUCCAAGUGUGCUGGCCGCAGCAGGCUUCUGUCGAUCUGCGCUAGCAGCAGCAUUGCCGCUGUUCACGCGCCAAAUGUGUCGAGGCAUCACGGUGCAAGGGGCGACGAGCUUGCUGGGAGGCCUCGCGCUGCUCUUGACACCUGUGCCGCUUUUCCUCUACAUUCACGGCGGCAAGCUCCGUGAACAGGUUAGGCAACGAAAGGAGGCAGCUGCAGCAGCCGAGGCGGCAGCAAAGACAGACGCGAGCGGACCUGCGACGACAAAAGAGAUGGGCAGAGAGGCCCCAAUCGGAGCGCGUGUCCCACCAGGUGGCACAGUCGAGAGGGAGGACUCGCACUCGUCAGCCGACGCUUCCACGGCUGUUCCCGAGUCAGCGGCAUGA